AAGAAGCUAACGCGCAGCUAGCCCCCGCUGCGCUAGCCUCAGUGCGGCUGUGUGUUUACAAGGGGGCGUCUCAUGGAAAAGUACCAAGGACACGGACAGAGAAAACACCGACAACAACACAGAGACCGAAGUGUAUCUCAGGUGUUGGUCCGACCAUAAUCCAUCAGAUUUUUAUUGGUGAAGAAAAACAAGCACCGUAAGGUUUGUCCCUGAGCGCGACCCGUCCUCCGUCCCCAGUAGGAGAAGGCGGAAUCUGAGAGCGGUCUCCCCGCAGCUGAUGCACUGCUGGACUCAAAGAUGGAGAGCGACACCACGGUCCGGAGAAUAAAGCCCUACGGGACGCGGAGCUACGCGACGCCCGACGACGAGGGCUCUUCCCGGCACCAGUGCGGGGACAACGGCUACAGCGGCGACCCGAAGAGGAAGCCCGACGUGAGCCUGUACCUGCUGCGGGAAGGGGUCGCAACUUCCCUGGUGUGUGUGUUUGUGUUGGCGCUGUGGGGACUGGUUCAUCUGUCGCUCCGGCAGCUCGUCAUCGGGAAGCCGAGCGGGGACUUCAACGCGGUGAGAGCCAGAGUGCACUUGGAGCAGAUCACCAGCGUCGGCCCGCGGCCGGUGGGCAGUCAUGAGAACGAAGUCCUGACCGUGGGCUACUUGCUGGAGCAGAUCGAGAAAAUCCGGGUCGAGACGGCAGCGGGCCCCAACCAGCUCACAACAGAUGUGCAGCGUCCCACCGGCACCUUCUCCAUCGACUUCCUCGGGGGCUUCACCAGCUUCUACGACCGCGUCACCAACAUCGCUGUGAGGCUGGAGCCCAAGGGAGGCGCCAAACAUCUCAUGCUGGCCAACUGCCACUUUGACACAGUGGCCAACAGUCCAGGUGCCAGCGACGAUGCAGUGAGCUGUGCCGUGAUGCUGGAAGUCCUCCAUUCUCUGGCCAACCAGUCCACACCUAUUCACCAUGGUGUGGUCUUCCUCUUUAACGGGGCAGAGGAAAAUAUCCUGCAGGCCAGUCACGGUUUCAUUACCCAGCAUCCUUGGGCCAAGCAGGUGCGAGCCUUUAUUAACUUGGAGGCUGCAGGUGUUGGGGGCAAGGAGGUCGUUUUUCAGACAGGUCCAGAGAACCCGUGGCUGGUUGAGGCCUACGUCCAAGCAGCCAAACACCCUUUUGCCUCCGUGGUCGGUCAGGAGGUCUUUCAAAGUGGGAUCAUCCCUUCUGACACCGACUUCCGCAUCUACAGGGACUUUGGCAACAUCCCAGGCAUUGAUCUGGCUUUCAUUGAAAACGGUUUCAUCUACCACACCAAGUAUGACACCGCCGACAGGAUCCUGACAGACUCGAUACAGAGAGCAGGCGACAACAUCCUGGCGGUGCUGAAGUACCUGUUGACGUCGGAGAGGUUGGCCGAUUCCUCGGAGUAUCGCCAUGGCAACAUGGUAUUUUUCGACCUGUUGGGGUUUGUGGCGGUGGCGUACCCCGCCCGUGUCGGCACCAUCCUCAACUACAUAGUCGCCACGGCCACCUUCCUAUAUCUGGCCAAGAAAGCAUCACUGCCUGGCAAUGGGGGUGGCCGCUAUGUUCGGGAUCUGGCCUAUGCCACGGGCGUCACAGUGCUGUGCUGGUUAGUCACCCUGCUGCUGGUGCUGAUUGUCGCUCUGCUCGUCACUCUGAUGGGUCGCUCCAUGUUCUGGUACAACCAUUUCUACGCCUCCAUCUGCCUGUAUGGGACGGCAGCCGCCGGGAAAAUGAUCCUCAUCCACACGCUCGCCAAGAACCUUUACUACGGGGGCGUCCGAUUAGUGGAGCUGGGUGAUCUGUAUUUUGAUGUGAGUUUACUUCUGUGGUGCUGCAGCCUGGUGUGGUUGACCCAGCAGGGCCUGUGUUCGGCCUACGUCCCCAUGCUGAUGGUGGCCUUCCCCCUGGUCACCAAACUGCUGCUGGCCAGGGAAUUUAAACACAGAGGAGCGUCCCUGAAGUACAGCGUCCUCUACCUGCUGGGCCUGGCAUUGCCAUAUGUCCACUUCAUGUUCCUCAUCUGGGUGGUGUUUGAGAUUUUCACCCCCAUCAUGGGUCGCAGCGGUACGGAAAUCCCCCCCGAGGUGGUGCUGGCCACCCUGGUCACCCUCGCAACCAUCUUUCUCUCCUCCUUCUUUCUACAUUUCGUCUAUUUGGUCCGGAGCACCAAGUGGAUCCUGUCUGGUCUGGGCUCAGUCUUCAUCAUCUUGUUCCUGUUGGUGUCCUGCGGCGUCUUCUUUCCCUUUUCAGGCAGUCCAGACAGUCCCCGGCCGAAACGAGUCUUCCUGCAGCACACGACGAGGACCUUCCACAACCUCGAGGGCCAGGUGGAGAGCCGGGACUCGGGGCUUUGGAUUAACAGUUUUGACUUCACCGGCAUCCAGCACAUCACACCCUACAUCCCCGAGAUCAACGACAGUGUCCGCACGCACUGUCGAGAGGACCGACCCUUCUGCGGUUACCCCUGGUUCCUGCCUGUAAAGUUCCUCAGCAAGAAGAACUGGUACCUUCCUGCCCCAGAAGUGUCUCCCAGCUCUCCAGUGGAGUUCAGCCUUGUGUCCCAAGAGGAGACGCGCUGGGGGACGGUCAAGAUGACCUUCAAUGUCAAAGGCCCCAGCCACAUGUCCCUGUAUCUGAUGCCUCACCGAGGAGCGAGCCUCUCCACCUGGUCCUUCGGCGACGGGACGCCUCAGUUCGACCUGAGCGGGGAAUAUUUCAUCUUCUAUUCUCACGGCCUCGACGCCCCGACAUGGACCUUUUGGUUUGAAAUACAGCCUCCAAGAGAACCGGACCCGUCGGGCCCCGAGGGGAUGAUCUCUGUCGCCAUCUCCUCCCAUUAUUUCUUCGGGGACGACCAGCGGACUGCUCAGCUGGAGGAAAUGCUCCACAAGUUCCCCACGUGGGCUUUCCCCUCGUUCUGGGUCAGCACCUACGACAUGUACCGAUACUGAGGAGCUGCUCAUCCAUCGUGGAGGCUGACGCUCCGGAGAGCUGAGGGCUGCCAACGGAGCUCCAGAGACGGAGAAAGGCGAUAUCCAAGCAACAACACUGAGGACGGGCCCUGCUGCCUUUUUUUUCCCACUGGGACACAAACACACACUCUCUAACACACACACACACACACACACACCCUCCCUACCGGCCUGCCUGAGAGACCCCUCACCACUGUGUCAGUAGGCGUUAGCCGCUCACCGAGCAGGAGGACGCGCUGAGACAUGCCGGAGGUAAGCCGAGCUGAACGCUCACAGACUGAGCAACUGACCGACCACCACAAGCCUUGUGCUCACUCCUGGAUCAGUGAAACGAAGGGGUUACGAGUUUCUUCUUCUUCUACCCCCCCCUUUUUCUGUUGUUUUUACUCAAUCUGUCGUGCCUUUGCUUUGCUCGCUCACGCCAUCUCCCCCCCACCUCACUUUCCCUCUCGCCCACUCCCUCCCCCUUUCCUCCCCCUCUCUCACGCCAACACACGUCCUGAAUGAAUUAGGUCGCAUGGCUACCUCCACUGCUCAUUUAUCAGCCAACUACUCGGGCCUUCCUCAGAGCAGAAGUGUUUUCUGCCUUCCUCCGGAACAAAUGACACCACUACCACUGUCUGCACUGUAGCUCCAGUCACAUACUGAAAAAUAAAGACCUGGUUUUUAUUUCAACCCUCAUCCUGACUUGAACUGGAAACUUUGACACUUUGAAAGUCACUCCUCAUCAACACGCACUCGCUAAACCACGUGUUGAACUAGUUUUUCUAUCAGCUUAGUAAACUGUGAAAUUACUACACCUCAGUAAAAACCACUAAUCUGCAGUGGGUCGCACCGGAUGCCUGUUGGCUGAAAUCAAAAUGUCAAGGUUUGCUCAGUGUCAGUUUUAUUUAUUUUUUGAUGACACCCGAACUCGGAUUUAAGUUAAUGUCCCAUGUUUCAAAACUAUAACUUGAACCUUGAUGGUGAAUCUGUGUGAACACCAGCAAUGCAGCUCCACGUCCAUAAAGUGUGUCAGCGUCGGUUUUUGCGGUUUUGCUGUAACUGUCAUAUAAUUUGUACUUGACAACUUCUCUCUAUGCUACGACUCGUCUCCAGCAGCGCCAGGGAACCUCUGUCUGGAUAAUUUAAUUUGAGUUGUUGCUGAAAUGUAUCUGAGAAUGUAAAACUAUACGUCGGUGCUUCUGGGGACUUCUGCUUCACAGUGUCAGUAUCCACUCGUUUUCUCUGUCUGUUCCUAAUCUUUCUUCUCAUGUCAAGUGGAGCUGCAUCUUCACUCUCAGUAACUCAAGUGUCACAGCUGCAAUCUGGUUCCGUGUGAUGGGUUUAACACGUGAUCCCACUUCACAUCGUAGAAACCACAGAACACGUAACAGUCCACACUGAUCAAUGUGUCUGACACCCAGUUAGCAGUUUUUAAUGGUCUUGUAGGGACUGGUUUGAAUGUUGUUGUUAGAGUUGUUUAGAUAACGUUUGGCUGUUUGACUAAUGCUAGAGACAGAGAUUAUAGAUUGUGGGCAGGCUGCUUCUAUAUUAAAAUGGAGAUUAAUAGAUUUGUCUGAAGUAGAAUCAGGAUGACUCUCCUCCCGGCCUUCAGUCCAACACACUGAUCAAAUCUGUUCAACCUCAAAGUCACAGAACUGCUCGUUGGGUUUCAAAUCUGGUCGUAAAACACCUGGGAGAUUAUUUGCACUUGUGUGAAAUCAACUGAGAGAAAGUUGUUUUGUCCCCUCCUGUGUUCCAUCCCGUGCGUCCGCCUGGUUUCAUUCACGCAAAGCGAGAAACGCAAACACACGAAGGGAGGCCUUAAGAGGCUUUGCUUUCCAAAGACGCAGAAAAGGGUUUACUGUCGUGGAAACGAGCUUCUCCGUGGUCUUCAAAGCUUCCAAGUGCCGAACUGUACAGCGUUUUUUCAAUGUAAGAUGAAUUAUCGUCUGCCGGAAAGUUUAAAAUCUAAAAUCCCUCAACAACAGUUUGGAAGCCGAUUGUCCAGCGACGCUCUUUUCUUUUUAUGCACUGUGUGAAAAACUGAACCAAACAGCUGAUGAGGAGAUUUUAAAACGUCAAGUCGACCAAAACGAGACAUGGACUGCUGAGAGUUUUUUUUUUAGACUUGAGAGUUUAAAUAUGACCUUUUAGCUUCCGUCCGAUUUAAAUUCUCGCAGGGAGGAGUCUGAAAUUUGAUUUUAGAUAAAAGUCUUCGCAGUUUCAGCUUUCACCCCCCCCCCGCUCUCUGUGUGUUUGUGUGUAUGUGUUUGUGUGGAUCAGAGACUGACUUUAAUUGACAGGCGAUGGAUCUAUGAUGCUGUAUAGACACUAUUCCAGUUGAUAUGGAGAGUGUCUACGGGAGAAAAAAAAAGCUUUAUUAACAAAUGUAAAUGAAUAUUUUUCUAAACAAAAAAAUCCGUUCUGUGGCGAGUGUGAAAAGUCUUCAACCGGAGAUACUCAACGUUUCAAGUCCAGGCUGAAACGAGACUCGUUUUUUCUUUCUUUAUAGUUUUAACCUGAAAUGGGAGGAGUGUGGAUGAAUGACGGAGUGAGAACGCAGGAGGGGUCGCGGGACAGAGCGGUGACAUAUUAACGCUGUGAAACGCCUCGUAAUACGCCGCUGGUGCUCUAACCUUUUGGGGAUUAGGUGAAUUUAAAUAGUUUCCUGCAGAAUCUAAUGUAUUAAUGUGAUUCAGUUUAGACCGAGAGGCCGACCCAGCACUGCUGAGUGGGGUUUUUCUGUUUUUUUUUCAGUGGAAACUCGCACUCGGACGGAGCUUUAUCACAUGUAACAGUCGAGGGAAAACAAACACAAACGUCCAUAUCAGAAGCAGUUUAACAGAAAUCUCCUCCGUAUCGACUCAAAUGUCUUAAUGCCUUGUGUUGAAGUUUUUAAGUUAAAUCUGUUUUGUCAUUUUUACCUGUUUUCAACAUCUUGAUUCUCAGUCGUGCCCGAUUCUCUAAAAGUUUUUAUUCUGAAGGUUGAGAUUAUUUUUUUAAACAAUACUGAUCUUUUUCUUUUUUUUAUGUGAAACAUGUGACACUUUAGAUAACUUGUGUGUCCCCUGUUUUUUUGAACUGCUGUUUUGCUUCUUUUUUUUGUAAUGCUUAUUUGUCUGUUAGUUGGAAUUGACUGUUGUGACUGGGGGAUGGAUCUGGUUUAACAGGGUAACUGUGAUCUAUGGUCUAUGGAACAGUUGAGAUGAUUUUACAAUAUGCAAAAAGCUUGAAUUAUAUUAGCAAAUUGUACAGCAAAUUAAAAAACGCUUAUUAAAUUAA